UGUUUAUUGCUGUUUUUGUUUUUCUUCAUCAAUUUAAUCUUUAACCAAUUUCGCUGGUUAAUUAAAUUGUUAUUUUCAUCUUUAAUUCUACAUGUUGAAAGUUUUUCUUUUCCUUUGUUUACUCCUGUCAUCGGUAAUGGCAGAUACAGACAGUUUCGAUGCUAAUAAUACUGACAUUGUGGACGAAAAUACAAUUGAUGCUAACACUAUUAAUGUUAGAAACUUUAACCAUUUAUUUGGAAUUAAAUUAUCUUUCGAUGUUCUUUCAAUCAUUUUCGGUUUAAUUGUGAUUAUCGGUGGUCUAACUGGCUAUUUAAAAAGUGGAUCAGUAAUGUCACUCGUCUCUGGAUUAGUAUUUGGAAUUUUAAUUUUUACUGGUUCCUAUUUUUCUUCUCGUGAUUCUACCAAUGUUUACCUCCUUCUUGUUACUUCUGUAAUUCUUGCCGGUCUCAUGGGUUGGCGAUUCUUAAGAAGCUACAAAUUCAUGCCCGCAGGGCUGGUUACUCUUUUAGCUGGCCUCAUGUGUUGUCGUUACAUUUACAUCUUAAUUGCGAGCCGAUCAAAAUGAUUAAGAUUUUGUUUCCUUUUCCGUUUUCCAUCCAUUUCUUACUUCAUGUUCAUCUUAAUUUGACAACGAAAAUCUUUAGAAGGCAAAGUAACGUGAAUAUUUUAUCAACCAUCAAAUAUACUCUAAAUACAUAACAAUCAAUAUGUAAUCAAUUAAUUUUCUUAUAAUCAUCUCUUUAAUCAAUCAAUUCUUGUUAAUCUUUUGUAAUCUCAA